AGAGCGGGACGUCUGGCUUCUGACUGGGAAUCUUCCUGUCGUCAGCAACCAAAGAGAGAAUUAAAUAUGGGUGAUGUUGAGAAAGGCAAGAAGAUUUUUGUUCAGAAGUGUGCCCAGUGCCACACUGUGGAAAAGGGAGGCAAGCACAAGACUGGGCCAAAUCUCCAUGGUCUCUUUGGGAGAAAGACAGGUCAGGCUGCUGGAUUCUCUUACACAGACGCCAAUAAGAACAAAGGCAUCACCUGGGGAGAGGACACACUGAUGGAGUAUUUAGAGAAUCCCAAGAAGUACAUCCCUGGAACAAAAAUGAUCUUCGCCGGCAUUAAGAAGAAGGGAGAAAGGGCAGACUUGAUAGCUUAUCUCAAAAAAGCCACUAAUGAGUAAUAAUUGGCCACUGCCUUAUUUAUUACAAACCAGAAAUAUCUCAUAACUUUUUUUAUGUGUACCAUAAUUUAAUUGGUCUCAUACACCAGAAUUCAGAUCAUGAAAGAGUGACAAGAAUAUUUUUGUUGGACAGUCCUGAUUUAACUAAGACUGGCUUGUGGUUAAUUCGGUUUUUUGAAUUCUGAUAGUAAUUCCAAUACAGUAAAUGCUAUCACUGUUUUCCCCCCUUCUGAAGAU